AUGGCCACCGGCCCACCUCCGCAAGUACUCCCGAACUAUGACAACAACUGCGAGGAUGCCGUCAACAGCCACAUCAAGCUGGAGCUCUACGCCUCCUACGUGUACCUGUCCAUGGCUGUCUACUUCAACCAGGACGACGUGGCCCUGAAGAACUUCCACCGUUACUUCCUGUGCCUGUCAGAUGACAAGAUAGAGUGUGCCCAGAAGCUGGUGAGGCUGCAGAAAGAGCGUGGCGGCUUCAUCUGCCUUCACGACAUCACGAAGCCAGAGCGCCAAGGCUGGGAGAGCGGGCUCAAGGCCAUGGAGUGCGCCUUCAAUCUAGAAAAGACCAUCAACCAGAGCCUGCUGGAGCUGUACCAACUGGCCACCGAGAAGGGUGAUUCUCAGCUGUGCGACUUCCUGGAGAGCCACUACCUGCACGAGCAAGUCAAGGCCAUCAAAGAGCUGGCUGACUACGUGAGCAACCUGCGUAAGAUAUGUUCCCCGGAAGGUGGCCUGGCUGAGUACCUGUUCGACAAGCUCACCCUGAGCGGCCGUGUCAGAGACACCUGA